CAAAAAUAUCCCUAAUUUACAUGAUCCCUGAUUUUUUUCCAUAAAGUAAAAAUAUCCCUCCUGAAAAUACUCUGUUUUUGUUUUGUCAUCCAAAACCACCUCAUCCCCUGUUUUACCAUAUAUCCCCUGUUCUUAACAGAGAAAAAAACAGAACAGGCCAAAGCUUCCAAACCUCAAACGUUAACAAUUCUUCUUCAUCCAUGGCGAGUGCAAACAGGGUCAAAUAUGAAGAGGAAUUUGUGUUGAAUUCUCGAGGGAUGAAGCUUUGGGCAAGUAGAUGGCUUCCGGUGAAUGAAACUCCAAAAGCUUUGAUUUUCUUGUGUCAUGGCUAUGCAAUGGAAUGCAGCAUCACCCUUGACAGCACAGCAACAAGGCUUGCACAAGCAGGUUAUGCAGUUUAUGGGAUAGAUUAUGAAGGGCAUGGAAAAUCAGAUGGACUUUCUGGUCUUGUCAUUAAUUUUGAUCAUGUCAUCGACGAUUGCUUCCACCAUUUUUCCACCAUUUGUGAAAAGCCAGAGAACAAGAGGAAGAUGAGGUUUCUGAUGGGGGAAUCUAUGGGAGGAGCUGUGGCUCUGCUUUUGCACCGGAAAAAGCCAGAUUAUUGGGAUGGGGCAAUUUUGGUGGCACCCAUGUGCAAGAUUGCAGAAGAUAUAAAACCCAAUGCAAUGGUGAUUAGUAUAUUGAGUACACUCAGCAAAGUUAUUCCUUCAUGGAAAUUAGUCCCAACUCAAGAUAUCAUUGACGUCGCCUUUAAAGAUCCUGAAGUCAGACAACAGGUUAGAGAUAAUAAAUAUUGCUAUAAAGGAAAGCCUCGCUUGAGAACAGGUUACGAGCUUUUGAGGGUCAGCACAGGAAUUGAGAAAAAUCUAAACGAGGUUUCACUGCCUUUUCUGGUUUUACAUGGUGAGGAAGAUAAGGUGACUGAUAAAUCAGUUAGCAAACAGCUACAUGAUGUGGCCUCAAGCUCUGAUAAGACACUGAAGCUUUAUCCAGGAAUGUGGCACGGUUUGUUGUAUGGAGAGCCGCUGGAAAACUUGAAGAUUGUGUUCUCAGACAUCAUUGGUUGGAUUGAGGAGAAAUCUCGGUAUGGAAAUGCAAGACUAGAAAGAGAGCAGAAAGAACAGAAUGGAGAUUUAGGAAAAUACUAAACAGGAGUAAUUCUUUUUGUUUUUCUCUGCAAUUUAUACCUAGGGAUAUGUCUCUAUUGGAGCUAAAGAAGUUGGAUUUUGGGUAUAUGUGAUAGAACCCUUAGUGAAAGUUGGGCUGCAGCUCAUGAGUCUAGGCCCAAAAUAUGGAAAGUUUAUGUUAGAAAGAAUAAGAGAGGAGGGGAAUCUUUUGAGGAGUGAGCUGACACAGUUAGUUACGCCUUUUGCGGGUAGGAAGGUGCAAAAGAGUGAGAGAAGGUUUCCUAUAUAAGUUUCUGUUAGGAUGAGGGUUGGGGUAUGAUGAGAAAUAGGUUGUUAAGAGUAGAGUGAAGAGAGUCUCUUCUUUUACAGGAGUCUUACUCUGGGACAAUAGCAGUAGCUAUUGUAUUUCUGUUUCUUCUAUUUCAGUAUUAAUCAAAGUAUUUUUCUUAUUCUCA